AUGUCUUCUCCGUCCAAGCUCGCCAAGUACGGUCUCGAUCUUUCCGAAUCCGAAUCGGAAGAAGACAUGCCUCUGCCGGUCCGACCCGUCCGUCCCAAUGCUCCGUCGAAGAAUGCUGAAAUGAUGCGCGCAAUGUGGGAGGCCCACAAGUCCGAAAAGUCCGAUUCCGAUGAAUCUGAUGAGGAGGAGGAAUCCGAUGAGGAGGAAUCCGAUUCGGAUGAAUCCGAUGAGGAGGAUAAGGAGAACCGGGAGCCGUCGCCAGUUCCACCACCGCCUCCAGCAAGUGCACAACUUCCGUCCGUUCCGAAGCUGCCUAAAACUCCGAGUGCUCCGCCGGCAGUUCCACGUCAACCGUCUCCAGUUCCUCCGGCUCAACUGGUCCCUGCUCCUGCUCCGAAACCAAGUGCUCCUGCCGUCAAAAAGUCCACAACUUCAGCGGCUCCUGCUCCGAAAACGACGAGGAAACCCCGUGCUCCAGUUCCCGCCAAGGCUCCAGCUACGAACAAACCCCGUGCUCCAGUUCCCGCCAAGGCUCCAGCUACGAACAAACCCCGUGCUCCACGUCAACCGUCCUCUGCUCCAACCACGAACAAACCUCGUCGCAAGAAGCAACGGGACCAGCCGGUGAGCCAGCCGGCACCGUUCGCCUUCGACCCGAGAAUGGCGGCGGUGGCAAUCAAUCGGAAUGUGCACAGACGUCCGGAAGCCACCCUCAAACGGCCCGCCGCCGAGGCAAUCGCCGCACUCGCAAAACGACACAAACUAUAA